UGUCAAAUACCGGUCCCCUAUAAAAGGUUCACCAACUCCGUACAUAGACCACAUUGCUCACCAAAUUCCCAUUUCGAAGGAAAGCUUAACUCCACUCUCUGCAAAACCAUCAUCAUCACUCAUGGCUUAUACUCAGGAGGUUCUUCCCACACCGUUGGAUGCCACUUCCAACCCACCUCCUCUCUUUGAUGGCACUACAAGGUUGUAUACCUAUUACUCUUGCCCAUUUGCACAGAGGGUGUGGAUCACUAGGAAUUAUAAGGGUUUACAAGAUCAGAUUAAGUUAGUCCCUUUAAAUCUCCAAAACAGGCCUGCUUGGUACAAGGAAAAGGUCUACCCUGAGAAUAAGGUGCCAGCGCUGGAGCACAAUGGAAAGAUCAUAGGGGAGAGUCUUGAUCUGAUCAAAUAUGUAGAUAGCAACUUUGAAGGGCCUUCACUUUUCCCCAAAGACCCUGAGAAAGCAAAGUUUGGUGAAGAAUUAAUAUCACAUGUCGGUACCUUCACCGGGGCUUUGUAUACUGCAUUCAAAGCAAAUGACACGGUAAAACAAGCUGAUGCUCAGUUUGAUUACCUGGAAAAUGCUCUGAAAAAAUUUGACGAUGGGCCAUUUUUCCUGGGUCAGUUCAGUUUGGCGGACAUAGCCUAUAUCCCAUUUGUUGAGAGAUUCCAAAGCUUCUUAUCAGAGGUGUGGAAGUAUGAUAUCGCAGCUGGCAGGCCUAAACUAGCAGCAUGGUUGGAGGAAAUCAACAAGAUUGAUGCUUAUAAGGUAACCAAAACUGAUCCAAAAGAGCUAGUUGGAUUCUACAAGAAGCGCUUCUUGGAGCAACAGUGAAUGUGAGAAGAAGUGCUCCAUAUAUGGUAUAAAUAAGUGGCUCAGUUGCUGUGGAGAAUGUAUGCCAGUCUAGAUAUAUUAUGUUUGUGUAUGCAUAUGUUUAGGUAUGGACUUGUCUGGAUCUGAAUGUGUAAGCUUGCCUUGGUUGUUUAAAUAAAAUUCAGGUCACUUAGUAUUGUA